AUGAAUGAUUUUUAUGACGUUGACUUCUCUUGCUAUGACUUUCCAUCACAAAUUUGGGACAUGUUGUCAUGGAAAGAAAUUUUAAUUCGAACUUUCAUCUUGCUGCCGAUUGGAGUCUUUGGAAUUGUUGGAAAUUGUUUGCUACUUCAUGUGAUUUAUGGAAAUCGAACAUUACAGACACCGACCAAUUAUUUGAUUUUCAAUAUGGCGAUUUCCGACCUUUUAGUUCUUCUCUGUUGUCCAGGAUUGUUCUUAUUUCAUGAGAUAUUUCAAAACUACAAGUUGGGCGAGAUUGGAUGCAAAGCUGAUGGAAUGAUUGAAGUUUCUCUUCUCAUCACUUCAGUUAUAACAAUUUGUUUGAUUAGCUACGAUCGAUUGACAGCAAUCGCUUUUCCAAUGAAAGCUCGAUUAAACUUCAAAACGACAAAAAUAAUGAUUGCAAUUUCAUGGAUUAGUGGAUUGGUCUUGUCAUCACCACUCGCAAUUUUCCGAUCAUAUCAAGAACGUCACUGGAAGAAUUUCGUCGAAUCUUUCUGCACGGAAAAUUUGAAAGUUCUUCCACUUUAUUGGCAUGUUUUGGUGAUUGCUUUGGUGUGGGUGCCAAUGGCUGUGCUGGUUUUUUGCUACAGCAUGAUUUUCUGGAAACUUGAUCGAUAUGAAAAAAGCAGGAAGAAACGUGACAAUCCAAUUCAAAUCAUUAAUAAACGAAAGUGCACAAUAACUCUGUUCAUUGUCGUUCUUUCGUUUAUUCUUCUUCGACUUCCGUUCACGGCUUUAGUUUUCAUUCGUUACAACAUGCUGCAAAACUCAGAGAUGAAUCAAGUGCAAGGAUCAUUUCAUGUUCUUUGGUACAUUUCACAUUUUCUAAUCUUUCUCGACAGCUCAUUGACACCGAUCAUUUAUGGUGUCAUGAACGAGAACUUUCGUCGAGCUUUCCGACAAACAAAACUUCACAAACUUUUCUGCAGUUGCUGCACAACAAAAGACUUUUCAACAACCGUUGGCAUCUUCACUUUUGGAUCGAUAAAAACAAGAAAUAAUUAUCAACUUGAACCUCGUAAUCCAAUCGUCACUAACAGAAAACUUCUCACUCCCAAUUGGAUGAAUUUUGAAUGGCAUUCCAAACAUUCAAGCAACAAAUCGCAAAAAGUGUUUUCACGAGAUGAAAAAAGCCAAGAAAAAUUUAAAUCAACAGAAAGUUUUAUUUAA